AUGGCGGCUUCGAUGACGGGAGAGCAGAUUCAGGCUCUCGCUGAUGCCCUUGAACCUCUAACACCGAAAGAUCUUGGACCAGCUGUUCAAGGCUUCGCAGUCGCCUUCGGUAUCACAAGCGUCAUUGUCGUUUGCCUCAGGAUCUAUGUGCGCGCGGGUUUAUCUGGAGUAUCGCCACGCCUUCUCGGGUUCGAAGACUACCUAGCUGUUGUUGCGACAAUACUUUUAAUCCCCGCCGUCGUUUUCGCAUUCCUUGCAGCGCGCUAUGGGGUCGGUUCUCGCGAUGCGAAUAUUCCGAACCAGAUGUACCUUAUUCGCGCCACCGAGUACCAAACAUACUGGGAGCUUUUAUACUUUACUUCAUCGACCAUCAUUAAGUGUGCCAUCGGUUUUACAUGCAUACGCCUCGAUCGUCGGAAGCGAGUUGUUUUUCCUAUAUGCGUCAACAUGUCGAUUAUGGUCAUCGUAACUGUUCUAGCCUUGGCAUUCGUGUUUGCCAAUUGCAAACCUUUCAAUGCGACAUGGAAUCCAGCUUUAGGAACUUGUCAGAAGGUCAUCAGCUUGCAGACGGUGAGCUACAUCGUUUCGGCUAUCCAAAUGGCGACCGACUGGGCAUGUGCGAUCAUUCCGUUCUUUAUCGUAGCAGGACUACAGAUGUCUCGGCGCAGAAAGAUAUCCGUCAUCACUAUCCUCGGUCUCGGUGUUUCAGCGAGUAUUGCGACCUGUAUUCGGAUGCCCUAUCUGAAGUACUAUGACGUGGUGAAAUAUCCAAACGAGAUCGCUUAUCAUCUCGGCGUCGUCAGUAUCACCUCCAACGUUGAAUGCUGUCUAGGCAUCAUCGCAUGUUCUCUACCACCGCUCCGAAAGCUGUUCAACUUCUACUACGGCUCCUCUCACGAAGGAAACUACCAGUACACAGGCGAAAGCGAGAACGUCCUUCAGAAUUCCGGUCAGGGUAUCAGGUUGGAUUCAAUCAAUGGCCGAAAAGGAACAUUUCACGCAUCAGCCCAACGUGUUCCAUCACGAGCUCGAGAUCACGAGACAGACGAUGAUAAUUCAAGCAGCAAGGGAAUUAUACGGAAAACGGAGGUCAGAGUUAGCUCAUCGAGGUAUAACUCGUAG